GUGGCGCCCUCGUCUGUGUUGGAUUUAUAUGGGCGUAUUCUCUAGUUGCCGCACUUCCUCCCGCUCUUGGAUGGAGUGAGUUUGUUCCUGAAGGCGUAGGAACAUUUUGUUCCGUGAAUUGGCAGACGGGAAGUCGCUCCUACACGUUGUUCAUCUUCUUCAUGAUCCUGGUGCUCCCUCUAUCCGUCAUUGUCUUCUCGUACACCAAAAUACUUGUGACAGUCAAGAAGAUGGCCAAGUGCCAGGUUAGCAACCGGCAGUCCAGGCGAGCGGAGAAGAAAGUUACCAUCAUGGUCGUGGUGAUGAUAGUCGCAUUCAUGGUAGCCUGGAGUCCUUACGCUAUCCUGGCACUGUACUCUGCGUUUGGUAACAGUGCAUACGUUACGCCGCUAGUCGCCACUUUACCCGCCAUGUUUGCCAAAUCAUCGACUGCCUACAAUCCGGUUAUUUAUUUCCUGCUCCACGAUAAGCUGAGAGUUGCACCUCAGUGCCGGCCCGGAACAAGGACAGCGGUAAGCGUGGUCAUCGGCGAUGGCAAGGGACCCUGCGCCGGGCAGACAGCCACGGGCAAGGCACGGGCUGGUCCGCAGCGUCUACAGGCUUAA